CGCCAGACGGCGGCUUUAACGGCGGCGACGUCUGCUAUUCGCAUUAUAUCAGUCCUUGAUACCGUAUUGUUAAAGUGUCGGCUUGAAGCACUAUUUUCCAAAUGCCGUGCGAAAAAAAGGUUUCUCGGGCGCUCAUCAUGGCUAGUGGCAUGAUUUUGCUGAUUGUAAUUAUCGUCACCGCUGUAGUCUGCGUUCGCAGAAGCAAUGGAAGUAGUUCAGCAUGGGAAAAUAAGGUCACGAGUGAGUCACUUCUUGGAAAUUACGAACAGGCUGCAGUGGCAGCCAUGGGUGAAGAAUGUGCACAAAUUGGGGCCGAUAUAUUAGCCAAAAAUGGAUCAGCAGUUGAUUCUGCGAUAGCAUCACUUCUGUGUGAAGGUGUUGCUUCUUUGCAUAGCAUGGGACUCGGUGGUGGAUUUUUUAUGAUGAUUUGGAACGCCACUACAAAGACUGCACAUUACUUAGAUGCAAGAGAAACUGCAUCACGUCACGCUUAUCCUGAAAUGUUCAAAGGGAAUGCAACCUUAUCUGAACGAGGUGGUUUAUCUGUAGCAAUCCCAGGUGAACUCUUAGGUUACUGGGAAGCGCAUCAACGUUUUGGAAAAUUAGACUGGAAAGAACUUUUUCAGCCAGCAAUAGACUUAUGUAAAAAGGGAUCUAUCAUCAACGAAUAUUUGGAAAGUUAUAUGAUGUCUAAAGAGGCUGUUAUAAAGGAGGAGCCUACUUUAGCAGAAAUUCUUAUCAAUCCAGCCACUAAAAAUCUUUACAAGGUUGGAGAUAGAAUAAGAAGGCCACGACUAGCGGAGACACUUGAAAAACUUUCAGCUUCAAAUGGCAUUGGCGUUCAAGAAUUUUACAAUGGAUCCAUUGCAAGAGAUUUAGUCAGAGAAAUUAAAGCGUUCAAGGGUAUCAUUGAUGAAAUUGAUUUCCGUAACUACAAAGUGGAGUGGCAGGAACCCAUUAAGGUAAAAAUUGAGAAUAUGACAAUGUUCGCGGCUCCUCCACCUUCAUCAGGCACACUUUUAGCAUUUAUGAUGAACGUACUUAAGGGCUUCUUUUCUGUUAAAGAAGAGAAAAUUAUGUAUCAGCGGCUUGUGGAAACAUUCAAAUGGGCCUAUGCCAAACGAACAGAGUUAGGUGAUCCAGACUUUGAACUAGAAGUCAAUGACUUAGUUGAAACUUUGACAUCCGAGAUUUAUGCAGACAGGAUAAGAAACCGCAUAAAAGAUAAUUGGACAAGCAAUGACCCAAAAUACUAUGGUGCUGUAACAGUGAACCCUGACGAUUCUGGAACAUGCCAUAUAUGCGUUCUGGCUCCUGACGGUUCAGCGGUUUCUGUUACUUCCACUAUUAAUCAAGUAUUUGGUGCAUCAUUUCGGUCAGAAUCAACUGGAAUAAUAUUCAAUGAUGAAAUGGACGACUUCAGUGCUCCAGAUAUAAUAAAUGCCAAUGGAAUACCACCAUCACCCGUUAAUUUUAUAAAGCCGGGAAAAAGACCAUUGAGUUCAAUGGUCCCAACUAUCUUGGUGGAUGAGAACAACGAUGUUCAUCUAGUAAUUGGAGGGGCUGGUGGCCCAAAAAUCACAACAGCCGUAGCACUCAUAAUGGCAUUAAAUCUUUGGUCAGGAUAUGAUAUCAAAGAGGCUGUGGAUGCUCGCAGAAUUCACCAUCAGUUGUACCCAAUGAGUAUCCAAAACGAGGAAGGAUUUCCACCUUCAUUACUGGACUUUUUUCAUUCUGUUGGUCACAAUAGUACUGCUUAUAAAGGAUUAGGAAGCGCAGUUACUGCAAUUGUCAAGCAAAAUGGGCACAUAACAGCGAAUUCCGAUUAUCGCCGAUACGGAAAGACAGCUGGAUUUUGAAUACUAUACUAAUCAAUAUAACAUUAUUAAUAAAUUCUGAAAAGUA